UUCUAACCAGUCAGUGGUAAGGCUACAUCCGUCUUUUGCUAUGCACAACAAAGGGAAAACAACACGGACUUCAAGGUGAAACUUUUCCUCGAACGUCUUCCAGUUUGCUUGUUGUCCAGAAAAGCUGAAAGAUUAGCGCAGCCCACCCAGGGACGCCAAAUUGUCGUGGAAAUUAGACGACACUCACAGACUCGUCCUCUGAAGGUAGGCCACAUAGCACCUUUGUCAGAUUCAGUAUAACCAACCAUGGGAAAGGAGAAGCUCCACAUCAACAUUGUGGUCAUUGGCCAUGUUGACUCUGGCAAGUCCACUACUACUGGUCACCUCAUUUACAAGUGUGGUGGCAUCGACAAGAGAACCAUCGAGAAGUUUGAGAAAGAGGCUGCUGAGAUGGGUAAGGGCUCCUUUAAGUAUGCCUGGGUGUUGGAUAAGCUGAAGGCGGAGCGGGAGCGUGGUAUCACCAUUGACAUUUCCCUGUGGAAAUUUGAGACCAGCAAGUACUAUGUCACAAUCAUUGAUGCUCCUGGGCAUAGGGACUUCAUCAAAAACAUGAUUACUGGCACCUCCCAGGCAGACUGUGCUGUCCUGAUAGUGGCAGCUGGCGUUGGAGAGUUUGAAGCUGGUAUUUCAAAGAACGGUCAAACCAGAGAGCAUGCACUCCUGGCCUAUACGCUGGGUGUAAAACAGCUCAUCGUAGGUGUUAAUAAGAUGGACUCCACUGAGCCCAACUACAGCCAGAAGCGCUAUGAGGAAAUUGUAAAGGAAGUCAGUACUUACAUUAAAAAGAUUGGCUACAACCCUGAAACCGUGGCAUUUGUCCCCAUUUCUGGGUGGAACGGUGAUAACAUGUUGGAGGCCAGCCCCAAUAUGACUUGGUUUAAGGGCUGGAAGAUCACCCGUAAGGAUGGCAGUGUAUCAGGAACUACUCUUCUGGAGGCUCUCGAUGCCAUCCAGCCCCCAACUCGACCCACUGAUAAACCACUCCGUCUACCUCUGCAGGAUGUCUACAAGAUUGGAGGUAUUGGAACUGUCCCUGUUGGUCGUGUGGAGACUGGAAUUCUGAAGCCAGGGAUGGUGGUGACCUUUGCCCCAGUUAAUAUAACUACUGAGGUAAAGUCUGUGGAGAUGCACCACGAGGCUCUGUCUGAAGCCCUGCCAGGGGACAACGUGGGCUUCAAUGUCAAAAACGUCUCAGUGAAGGAUAUCCGCCGUGGGAAUGUUGCUGGGGACAGCAAGAAUGAUCCACCCCAGGAGGCAGCCAGCUUCACUGCUCAAGUGAUCAUCCUGAACCACCCAGGGCAAAUCAGUGCUGGUUAUGCUCCAGUGCUGGACUGUCACACUGCACAUAUCGCCUGCAAGUUUGCUGAGCUCAAGGAGAAGAUUGACCGCCGCUCUGGGAAGAAACUUGAGGAUAAUCCCAAGAACCUCAAGUCUGGGGAUGCUGCCAUUGUAGACAUGAUCCCUGGGAAACCCAUGUGUGUGGAGAGCUUCUCAGAGUAUCCACCUCUUGGGCGCUUUGCUGUGCGUGACAUGCGUCAGACUGUGGCAGUUGGAGUGAUCAAGGGAGUCGAGAAGAAGGCUCCAACUUGUGGAAAAGUCACCAAGUCUGCUCAGAAAGCCCAGAAGGCCAAAUGAAUUUUGUGUUUGACUGCCAACUCCAGUAUCAUAUACAACAGAACAGAGGUCACCCAGCUAUAUCCGAUUGGCUACUUAAACUCCAUUGUCAUAGAUUGGUUAAUCAUUCCAAUGCAUCGUAAAAGUAUCAGAAGGAAAAAAAAAUCUCUCCCUAUAUAUAUAUAUACUUAUUUCAAGACAGGUUGUUUGAUUUAAAUCUAUACCAGAAGAGUUAAUUUGUAGUAUUAGCUUGUUACUAUUUGGAAUGUGAUCUAUUUAUUUUGGGUUAUGACUUCACACUAUUAUGCGAAAUUACUGUUCUUGAGAGGAAAUGUUAUCAUAACCUCUCCUACUCUGGAGUGCAGUUUUAGUCUGGUUCUUAUACUGUAUACUUUAUCUUAUACUUUAGUGCUUUUAGUGUUUAGUGUCUUGCAUUUAGUAUUUGUUUGCAGAUUAGUGUGUUUUUAGGUUUUGCGGCUCUUAGUAACUUAACUUAUGUUGCUUCUUAGUCUUUCUGACUAUUUAAGCUUUAAAGAAAUUGGAAAAUAAUCAACCUUUCCAUAUCAGACCAUGUUGGGCACUUUUCCAAGCACUUGAAGCACUUGACGUAAAGCUGGUUUUGCACAGGCACUUCUUAUUAACUUUAAUUGGUUUUAGCUUCUGCACCUUACUGUUCAGACUAUUCAAAUCAAUCAGGCUAUAUUAAAGAUUCUGCAGUCAUA